AGUCACGAAUAGGGAUCACUAUUGAACCGUGUGCCUAUGUUUAGCAAAACGACUAUACGGUGCCGUUCAUAGGUUGAGCGGUGUUUAAUGUAACACCAUAUUUUAUCGAUCUCUCAACAAAAAUCCGAAAUGCCAUUCAUGAAAGGAAGAGCCGCUAUGCGGCGAACAUUGAGAUACCUACAGUCAAAACCGUUAUUCCUGAAGGAAGAAGUAAAGGUGUUGACAGUGCACUAUAACAACGGACAGAAAGCCAGUAAAGGCGCAUAUGAUUUUGUAUUUUGGCAUCUACCUCAACUGCAGUAUUGUAAUCCUGCAGUGCAGAUAGUCACUUUCAAGAACCUGACCCCAUCUCCAUUCUUCCAGUUUUAUUUCGAUAAUGGAGAGACAAUGCUGGUGGAUCUAGAUUCUGUAUCCCGAGAAGAUAUAAUGAGCCACUUGCAGAGGACCAUAUGUAAAUCUGUGAAUAUCCUGGAGAAAGACAGGAAGGAGCAGAAGGCCAAAGACAACCAGGCCAACUUUGGCUACUCAUGCUCACGAUGGUGUAUCUGUGAGAUGCCUGGUCAGGUUCCCUGUCCUGGUUGGGUAACCCUUCCUAAAGAAAUGCGUGGCAAGCAUAAGAAUAAGGAAAGUGACUGACUUUGACACGGAAAUUAGCCGGGGCAGUGAUAUAAUGGCAGUGUUUUAUCUUCCAUGAGGAUUGUACUGUGCCGAUCAACUGAAAGUCUUCAUUGAGAAUCUAUUUGUUUGGAUCUCAGAUGGGAUCAUUCUUCACUGCACAAGACACUGGUCAAUGAUUUUUGUAGAUGUGAUCACGAGAGACUGAUGUUUGUGUGCGAGGUCUUUAAUUUACUAUUGGAUGUCUACGACAGGCUGGUUGACAGAUUAUAUAAAUUUGUUCUCAUUGUAAUAGAUUAUGUAGAUAAUAAAGAAAAUGCAUCAUAA